ACUACAACUCCCAUGAUUCAUAGCGUUUGUUGUUUUCCUGUUAGGCGGCCAGUUUAAGUUGCCAUAGCAGAGGAUGGCGGUGCCUUUCAUUGAUCACACAAGAUAACCGUCAAACUGCUGGCCACACGGAUUAGUGCUGUUUCUUAUUUUCAUCCUUUGGCUCAUGUCAGCAUGGACUCCUCCAGUGAAUCUGACACCUAUGACAGACCCACGGGGCAUCGAUCGCGGGUCAGAAAGCGCCGAACAAGGCCUGAUAGCGGGUUUCCUAGGGACAAUCAUGUAUCAGGCAUAUCUGACAAAAUUGAUACUUUAGCAAACACUCUACACGACACAAGCCGAAAUCUAAACAAAGUAGAUCGGAUGUUGGGACAGUAUAAGGAACACACAGAUGACCAAGCAGAAGCCAUGGUGACACUCAGGGAGAGCUUAGAGGAGUCUAUCCAGCAUCUGCAGGCACAGCAGCUGAGGAGGUCCACUGCUGGGUGGAGCGCCUCCCUCUCCACACUGCACACCAGUGACCUGGACGAAGGCAGCGCCACAGAUAGGAGGCACUACCUCCCCACGUCCCCUCUAAGAGAUUAUGGCAGUGCAGGCACAGGUAACAGAAGACGGUCUAGAUCUGUCGCUGUGCGUUUCACAGACUCCGCUCAAGCUGAAGAGCAGAUUCACUCAUUGCAUCAGUCCCUCAGAGACCUGCAGAGUGAUCAGCUUCGGACUGGGGAUGACAUUGAUAGAGAGAUCAGGAGAAGAAACAGAACUGAUAUAGAAACCAAGAAGACACUGGAGAAUCUUGCAGGCCACAUAAAGGCAUCACAGAAAGAAGAACCCGUUUCGUUACGGGUGGAGAGACGUCUACAGGAGAUCGAGGAUGAGAUGCGCACAGGGCGGCAGGUGCUUUCUGAAAGACAUCACAGAGAGAAGCCAAAAAGCAUGUCUGGUGAACUGCAGGAGGCUUUGAGAAGACAUGACGCCGAAACCCCGGAGGCUGAUGAGAACUUCAGAAAUAGACUGCAGAGAUCAGAGAAUGAGAGAAGCAAGAUGCAGCAGGAGUUGGAGAGACUCAGAGAGCAGCUGGAUCAGUCAGAAGGUGGACGAGACACCCUUCUUCAGAAGAUGGAUGACAUGCGUUCACAGCUUCUGAGGAUGGAGAAGGAGCGUUUAGAUUUGCAAAGGGAGUUGUCUUUACUCCUGUCUCAGCAGAAAAGUGCAAGGAGACAGCAGGAGAGAGGAGUCACAGGCCUUGACAGCGGACGAGCAGAACUGGAGAGAGAGAUUGAAGAUCUGCGGGUGCAGUUGGGUAGAAUCAGUGUUUCUAGUGAGGUGGAAGAACUGAAAAAAAGCGUAGAACGAAAAGAGAGAGAGAAAACUCAGCUCGCUUUCCGGGUCGAGGCUCUUUCUGCAGAUCUGGAGCGACGUGAACAGCAGCAGUUGAAGAUGUUGGCCCAACUGAAGGAGAUCCAGUCUCGUUCAGAGGAAAAUGUGUCAGAAUGUGGCCGUCUGGAGGCUCAGCUGAUCGAGAGCGAGAGAAGGAGAGAGGAGCUGCGCUCUAAAGCUCAGGAAGCAGUCCGACAGUGGAAGACUAAGUGCAAGAAACUGGAGCGAGAAUUUCAGGAACUAAAGGAUAACAGCAGAAACAACACUGAUAAAGAUAAAUGGAGCAAAGAGAGAGAAGGCAUUCUUAGCCAGCAGCUAGAGGGUGCACGCCAACAGCUGGCUGAUGCUCUUGGACGUCUUGCCCAUCGUGAAGAGGAUGUACGCCGCUGUAAUGUGGAUCUUACUGAAACUCGUUCACAGCUUGUCACUUUAGAACUAGAGCUCCAAGAGGCUCGGGAAACCUUGAGAGGCCUGGAAGAGAAGGCACAGAAGCAGAUCUCCUUACAGGUCCGAAUGAGAGAGGAGAACGUCAGGCUGCAGAAGCGUGUGGAACUUCAGGAGUAUAGUAAAGAGGAGGAGCAGAGAUCUCUGUUUGAUCUCCAGGGCUCAGUCAAGAACCUGAGUGCUGCGAGAGCUGACCUAGCUGCCAGACUGGCUGAGGUGGAGAGCUCCAAGAAGGAUCUAGAAAAACAGCUUGCUAUGGCUCAGGAAGAGAGCUCCUCUUUUGGACGACAGCUGGAACUGGAGAGGCAGGUGCAUCAGAAGGAGCUAAGCCACCUCCGAAUGACCCAGCAAGAAGGAAAAGCCCAACAGGACAGGGAUGUACAUGACAUGCUGAGAUUAUAUCAACGAGAGCGAGAAGAACUGGAGGCCCUCGUUAGAGACCUUAAGUCUGAGGCAGUGGCCGAUAGUGAACUGAGGAGAGCUCUGCAGCUGAAGCUGGACAAAAUGAAGACAGAAUGUGAUAAACUGACGGAGCAGCUGAGCACCAGCGAGGAAAAUCAUGCUAAGCUCCUCCACAAAUACCACGCCCUCAAAAAAGAGCUGGAUGUAAAGGGGAAGUUAGCAGAGAGGGUGGAGGAGAGGAGGCAGAGUGCAGAGCACUCCAUGGAGGAGCUGCACGAGAGGGUCACGGGCCUCCAGACGGAGCAGGUGACCAUCCUCCAUGCCGUAGGGACUCGGAUUGACUCAGCCUGCCAGUUCUUGUCAAAAGACUCAGCCGCCAAGCUUGAAGCCAUUACCUUGACUCCAGGACUGCAGAAAGAUUCCCAUCGCUGGCUUGCUGAAGUUAAGACAAAGCUCCAGUGGCUGUGUGAGGAGGUGCGUGAGCGGGAGUCCAGAGAGAGGAGAUUGAGGAGGACACUGCAGCAGCACAAGGAGCAGAUGAAAGCACUGAAGCAAAGCAAGGACUCAGAACUGCAGAGCUUCCUGGACCGCAUUACCCUGCAGGAUCGACUCCUCAAAGACAUCCAAUCAGAGAAGAGAGGCCUUCUUGAAAUGGGCCGCAAGAAGGAAGAUGAGAUGAGAAAUCUUCAGGACAGGAUUGUAGAUCUUGAAAUGAGCACCAGGCUGGCCUUGGAUCAUCUGGAAUCAGUUCCUGAGAAGCUCAGUUUGCUGGAAAACUUCAAGGAUCUUGAGGAGUCACAGAAGCAGAGAGAAAUGGUGGAGCAACGUUAUGCCAAAUAUAAGGAGAUAGUUGGUAACCUCCAGCAUCAGCUUGAGGAAUCUAAGAAGAGGAUUCAGGAAUACAGGGAUGAGAAGUCGGAUGCAGCCUGUCGGAGUCUCCAGCUUACUAGUCUGACAUCAUCUCUGCUCAGUCAGAGCAAUUUCCUGACCGAUACCACUCUGUCUACCCACACCUCACCACAGAAGCCACUUGCCAGUCCAGAUUUGGAAUCCAGUCUGACCCAAGAGCACUUUUCUACCUUCAACGGAGCAAACUCCAAACACACAAGCAUGUAGCAUACAGCUGAAACAUUUGGCGGUAAAGAUAAACUCAUGAUAAAUGCUCAUGAAUACCUCUGAUUCCCACCAGAUCCUUAUGCUUGGACCGAUUAGAUCACUAUAACAUAUAUGAAUAUAUAUAUUUUGAAAACUUGUCUAAUUUUGAAUAUUUACUGUUAUCAUUUUACCUUAACUUUGUAACAGCAAGCAAUGUUG